AUGGCCUGCUGCGCUACCAGCUUCUGUGGGUUUCCCAGCUGCUCCACCGGUGGCAACUGUGGCUCUAGCUGCUGCCAGCCAAGCUGCUGCCAGUCCAGCUGCUGCCAGCCAAGCUGCUCCCAGUCCAGCUGCUGCCAGCCAAGCUGCUGCCAGUCCAGCUGCUGCCAGCCAAGCUGCUGCCAGUCCAGCUGCUGCCAGCCAAGCUGCUGCCAGUCCAGCUGCUGCCAGCCAAGCUGCUCCCAGUCCAGCUGCUGCCAGCCAAGCUGCUGUGGAACCAGCUGUGGUAUUGGAGGUGGCAUCAGCUGUGGCCAAGAAGGAGGCUCUGGAGCCAUGAGCUGCCGUGUCAGAUGGUCCCGCCCAGACUGCCGCGUGGAGGGCACCUGCCUGCCACCCUGCUGCGUGGUGAGCUCCACACCCCCCACCUGCUGCCAGCUGCACCAUGCCCAGGCCUCCUGCUGCCGCCCAUCCUACUGUGGACAGUCCUGCUGCCGCCCAGCCUGCUGCUGCCACUGCUGCCAGCCCUCCUGCUGUGAGCCCACCUGCUGUGAGCCCACCUGCUGUGAGCCCACCUGCUGCCAGCCCUCCUGUUAA